UGGCAUCUUGUCUGUUAGCCACACGGUAGUAUCACUAAAAAAACUACACGAAGCUCAGCAGCAGACCAGGAAAACAACAGGAUGGCUGAAAGCUGAAACCUGCGAACUCACCGGUUACAGGUGUCAUGAUGGAGGUGGCUGGUCCCUGGACUGAAGUGUUCGAGGCGUCGGACAGGCAGGAGGCGUCCGGAGGUUCGACUCUGACUCUGGCUCCUCUGGUCGGCGACUCGCCAUCCAUCCGCCGCUCCCAGCCGAUCCUCAUCGCCUCCAACAGGUCUAAAGGUGUCGAGUUGCUGUCGUCCUCCGUUCCCACCAUCCCAAACCCUUUCCCAGAGCUGUGCACGCCUUCCAAGUCUCCGGUGCUCAUUAGCUCGCUGCCACCACAGUCCACCGACAAACAUCUGGUGAAGGUGUUCGGUGAGGACAACCACAGCAGGUCGGUCUGGGUUUCUCGAGGAGCUACAGCCAGAGAAGUUUGUCAGAAGUUGGUCCAGACGGCUCACUGCAGUGAUCAGGAGAACUGGGCUCUGCUGGAAGUCCAUCCUGCCCUGGGUUUAGAAAGAUGUCUGGAGGACCACGAGGUGGUGCUGGAGGUUCAGGCCACCUGGUCUCUAAAAGGCGACACCAGACUGAUGUUCUGCAAAAACUACGCCAAGUACGAGUUCUUCAGGAAGCCGAUGCUUUUCUUCCCAGAGAACAUGAUCUCAGACAGCGCUGAUGUCAGCAAAGGGAUGACGUCAUCAGAGCUCAUACAGAACCUGCUGAAGUCUGGAACAUGUCCGGAGAUUCAAGGCUUCCUUCACGUCAAGGAGCCGAGUCGUAAAACCUGGAAGAAGGUUUACUUCUUCCUGCGACGUUCCGGACUCUACAGCUCCACCAAGGGUUCCUCAAAGGAGCCUCGUCACCUCCAGUACGUCGCUGAUCUGGAUGAUUUAAACGUCUACACCGCGGUGAACGGCCGGAAACUGUACGGAGCUCCAGCAGACUUCACCUUCUGCAUCAAGCCUUCCAGAAACCCGAUCCGUGUCCAGGACCUGAAGAUUCUUUGCGCUGAGAACGAACAGACGCGAACAUGUUGGACCUCUGCUUUCAGAUUGUUCAAGUACGGGAAGCAGCUCCAGUGUAACUACCACUUGUCCAAGUCGGCGCCUCGAAGCCCGGAAGGAUCGAACCUCGCAGACGGCAAAUCCAAGUCGGAGGACAGCCUGGUGGCCAUGGACUUCUCGGGGAAAGCCGGAGGUCGGGUCAUCCAGAACCCAACGGAGGCCCAGAGCGCAGAGAGGGAGGAGGGUCAGGCCUGGAGGAGGAGAGAAGCUCUGAGGUGCAGUUUGCCCAACCUGAACUCUGCAGCCAGACCUUCCUCCAUCCACAAGACGCUGCCGUGGUUUCAUGGCGGCGUGUCGAGAAAAGAAGCUCAGAGGCUGAUAGAGAAGCAGGGCCUGGUGGACGGGAUGUUUCUGAUCCGUGAGAGUCAGCAGCACUCGCAGUGUUUCGUCUUAUCGCUGUGUUACCAGCUGAAGACCAAACAUUACUUGGUGAUUCCUUUUGAGGAAGGAGGCAGGAAGUACUUGACGAUGGACGACGGCGUCACACUGUUCAUCGACCUGCUGCAGCUCGUAGAGUUCCACCAGAUCAACAAGGGGAUCCUGCCGGUCUGCCUCAAACAUCCCUGCGUCUGUGUGGCUCUUUAGACGACCCUCAGAUUUCACCUCAUCCGAUGAAGCCGUCAGGGUGGACUCGAGGGAAACACCGAGAAGACGGGGAGCGUAUCGUCCUCCCUUCCUCUCUUUAGUAUUUUUAAUUAUUUCCCACUACAGCUCCAGACAGUGGCUGGGUUUUGUUUUUAAUUGAUGAGUUUCCUCGAAGAUGCCUCAACUAGCGUUGGACGAACUCUCGAUGCUGCAGGAUGUUUGGAGAACCGUCGAUAACUUUGAUCCAGGAAGAAUCCAGGAGCUUCACAGUGAGGAGAUCCAGCCACUGGAUGGUGCUAAGACUCAGGAAUUCACCGGAUUUCUCACCCGCAGCAUGAAACUCACGCAUUUAUUCAUUAAAACUGAAGUGGAUUGUGAUAUUCUGAUCAUGGAAACUCCCCAGGUUGCAUCAUGUAGCAUGUAAAUUCUCCUUAUGUUCUUAAUUUUGCUUCUUUUUUUUUAGCAUUAAUUCAUUAAUAAUGUCACAUUAUUGACUAUUUCACUGCACCUUUUUUGCACAAUGUUGGUGAAAGGGAGCCGUGUCGUGUCAUGAAACAUUUUAGAUAUUUAGACAACUAAAUAUGCAACAUAACCAGGUUUUAUGUGCAGGAAAUGUGUGAAAAUUCAAUAAACGAUGAAUCUAACUGCUGAAGAAUAGAAAAUGUGGCUAAAGUUCGCAAAUUGACCUCAAAUAAUGAAUGUUUAUAUAAUUCUGGGAAAAUGUCCCGAUUUCCUCCAGUGUGUUUUGGAAAAACUGUAUUUUUAAGCAACAAGAUCAUUAUUAAUUUAACCUUUAUAUGGUUAAAACUAAUCAUGAAUUCAGCAUUCAAACAUUUUGACCUGUUUGGUUGUUUAAACACACUUUCUUUCCCUUUGCACUCACUGUUUGCAUUUUAUCAUGAAAAUUUGUCCUUAAAAUGUCUGAAUAUCUACACAUCUGGGCAUUAUUCAUUCAGUCCAGCUCAUAAAUGUACAGUUUUCCCUCAUUUUGUUUUAUUAAACAGGGUUUGUUCGUUUUAUUUUUCAGUGUCUUG